AAGAGAUUCUGCGCAACACAUCGAGCGAAAAAUUAUUGAAUGUGAAUGCCAAAAUCACUAAAAUCAGUAGGUUUUUGUUUGAGUCUUUUAUCGUCGUGCUUAACGAAUGAAAAUGAACGUAAAGAACGGGAAAUUAUGUGUUUUUCACUAAUUUAUUUGGUGUUCAGCGAUCAACAAACUGUAGUGAAUAAAUAGUGAUUGUGGAAAGGUUUUCUUCAACUUUUACAACCCAGGAAAUAUAAUUCUCAGGAAUUAAGAUGGCAUCGGAAGUCACUUCUCUCGGGGUUGGAAGCACACCAUCGGCAGUUGCUGCUGCUUUUGUUGCAAAUGUGACAUCGACAAUCAAGACGUUGGAGUCCGACCAGGUUCACUCCCAACCAUCUGAACCAAUUUUCCUUCAGACCAAACUAGCCCAGUGCAUUUCUGGGCUAUUUGUUGGAUUUGCUUUAUUUCUGACAUGUUCACAAAUUUAUCAUCACCUGCGGUGGUACACGAAUCCAGCUGAACAAAGAUGGAUUGUGAGAAUACUGUUUAUAGUUCCAAUUUAUGCAACCUAUUCCUGGACAAGUUUGUUGUUUUUCAAUUCGGAAAGUUACUAUGUGUAUUUCUUCACUGUUAGAGAUUGUUAUGAAGCGUUUGUAAUCUACAAUUUCUUGUCUCUAUGCUAUGAAUAUCUCGGCGGUGAAGGAAACAUAAUGUCGGAAAUUCGAGGGAAACCGAUUAGAUCGAGUUGCUUAUUUGGAACUUGCUGCCUUCAAGGCAAAACAUAUACCAUUGGAUUUUUAAGAUUUUGCAAGCAGGCCACCUUACAAUUCUGCCUGGUAAAACCAUUGAUGGCUUUCGUAAUCAUAUUUUUACAGGCAUUCGGACAUUAUCAUGAUGGUGAUUGGAGUCCUGAUGGUGGCUACAUCUACAUAACAAUAAUUUACAACAUCUCCGUAUCUCUUGCCUUAUAUGGACUGUUCCUCUUCUACUUUGCGACCCGUGAUCUAUUGACGCCGUUUGAGCCUGUACUUAAGUUUUGUACCGUAAAGUCUGUGAUUUUCUUAUCCUUCUGGCAAGGCGUGGGACUGGCCAUCUUAGAAAAAGCAGAUGUAAUUUCGCCUAUAAUAGACAGUAGCGGUACCAGAACGUCUGCUGGUACAGUGUCUGCUGGGUACCAAAACUUCUUGAUCUGCAUUGAAAUGUUUUGUGCAGCGGUUGCUCUCCGUUAUGCGUUUCCUCAUAGGGUAUACGUGCAGGGUUGCGUUACGGAUUCCAGAGGACGAUCAGUCACCAUGCAAAGUAUUUCCAGUAGCCUUAAGGAAACUAUGAAUCCGAAGGAUAUUAUGACUGACGCCAUUCACAAUUUCCAUCCACAAUAUCAACAGUACACCCAGUACAGUUCAGAUGUCAUAUCACACCAGCCCUAUGAGAGACUGUGAUACCAGCUAGCGCAUGCUGCAUGGAUGUCGUUGCUGGAUAGAGUGCCUUAAAUCAUCCCAUCCAUAUUUUAAAUGUGCUGUUAUGGUUCACUCAGGGACUAUUUUUUUACUUUCUAAUUCUGACGAGGCCAUCUUUUAACAUCUGCUACAGCUGUGUAUUUUGCGGUCUCAAGGCUGAGUUAAAUUCAUUGCAAUUCUGUAGAAUAAACGAAAAGCAAAUUAUAUAAUCACACCCUGUCAGUUACAGUUUAUGGUAAGAAAUAGAAUCAAUAGGAAAUAUUAUUGGUAAAAAAGUGUUUUUAUUUUCUUGAUUUGUUUUGGAUGACUGCGCUUUAGUACGGAAAUACUUUGAAUGCGUAUUUAGUUAUGCCAUUUAAAUUCGCAUUCCUGAUCAAUUUUGACUAUCAUUUUAUGGACUGUUUAGUUUGUCUUGCCAAUAUUUUCUUUUCGACUGUUUUUUUUCGUAGAUUUGUUUAAUUUAGUAGUAUUUCUGGGGUCCGUGCUUAUUCUGUAUCAUUCUAUUCAGCUCAACUACACAUAGAUAUAGGAGCAGUUUAAUUUAUUUUGUCUGGAUUCUUACCGCUAAACUUCUAAAUAAUUUAGUUAAGUUCAAGACAUAUUGGGAAAAAUAAUUUAAUAGCUUUACGGGAACCUACGUGGCAAACCUCGUAAUUUACUUAAUUGAAUAAUUUUAUUUACUUUAAUAAGUGAAUUGAUAAUUAGGCCAUUUCACUAAUAACUGACUAUACAUUUUCUGUAGGUAAAACAAUGAAAAGCAAAAUUGAACGGAAAAUACACGGUACUGUCUGGGGUCUUAACGCCUCUUAUGAAAGUUGAAAAUAGACUGAUUUUAAAUUGUUUAGUUGCCUUUCUUACUUAAGCUUUAAGUGUUUUAAUAUUCACCUAACUAAUAGGGAUCAUCAACAAGCACAAAAAAAUAAAAUUAAGUAGCAAUAAGUAGGACUCAACUAAUAGACAAGGCAUAUUUUUGAGUAUAUUGGGUUUUUGCAAUAAGUGAUUAUCAAAGCAAAGUAACCUAGAACGAUUACUUUAACUACUACAUAGUAUUAUGUUUUUCUUUGUAUAUUUGUAUAUAAGCUUAUAUUUAGUAUUUAAACAUUCAGUAACAUUCAUUAUGAUAACCCUCUUGCUUUUUGUUGAUAUAUCUUAAUCAAAAUUGUUGUGUUUUAUAAUAUUUCGGUAAAAUUUAUUAUUAAUUAGAAAUAAACUUUUAAAACCUGUCUGUUUGUUAUUAAAGUAUUAACGCUGGCCUUUGGUAAUGUGAGAAUAGAAAUAAGGUCACGUUUAGUAGCCUUGAAACGCGUUCAAUAGUUUCUGUAAAUAUUACAAAUUGCAGAGAUACACUUUUUCCCGAUUCUAGAUGUGCAUGUUCAAGUUGACCCUUCAGUUAAAAAAAAACGAGUUAGUAUUUUUUAAGUAUUAGUUACAUCAGCGCCUGCGGUUAGUAAUUGUGAAUAUUAUUUGAUUUUUAGACGUUUAAUUUUAUGUGUUUUGUAUAUUUUAUUUUUUGUGUAAUUUAUGGCCGAUUUGAUGUAUAUAAAAUUCAGUGUUACUUGGAUUUGUAUGGAAUGUAUUAUUAUUAAUGGUAUUUGAUAUUGGCAUUAGUACUUUAAGGAAUGUUUGAAGGAUUUUUAAUUUCUGCUAUAAUACUACGAAUUGUGUGCUGCGUAGAUACGUUCUGUUGGUUUGUUUGAAGCAUUUCUGCAAAUCUCGUUCAUAGACAGUAAUGCGACAUGUAGGUUGAGUAGUUUACGUAGUAUUAGUUUGUUAGCACUCUGAUACAAAUUAGUGCUUGUUUCUGAUUUGGUUUUAAAUUAAAUUUUUCGUACAUGAAACUUGUUAUUAAAAA